CAGGACUGCAGGGCUGCCUGGACUUUGGCCCCGCGGUUCGGCCCCCAGUCCCCGGUUCGGCCCCCAGUCCCGGACCGGAGCUGCAGCAUGACGCUGGUCUGGAGACGCCUGUGGACGCGCAGCCUGCACACUCGCUGCUCCUCCUCGUCCUCCUCGUCCUCCACGUCCUCCGGCCGGCGGCGCGUCAACGGCGUGGACCUGUACUACGAGCAGACCGGCGGAGGGAAACACGCUCUGCUGCUGCUUCCUGGAGCUCUGGGCAGCACCAAGACAGACUUUGGUCCUCAGCUGAAGUCUCUGAACAAGGAACGCUUCACCGUGGUUGGCUGGGAUCCCCGCGGCUACGGCCAAUCCCGUCCCCCGGACCGGGACUUCCCCCCAGACUUCUUUGAGAGGGACGCCAAGGACGCCGUGGAUCUGAUGAAGACGCUGGGGUUCAACAAGUUCUCUCUCCUGGGCUGGAGCGACGGAGGGAUCACCGCUCUGAUCGCAGCGGCCAGGAACCCCGACCGGAUCAAUAAGCUGAUCGUCUGGGGAGCCAACUCCUUCGUGACAAAGGACGACCUGAAGCUUUACAACCAGGUCCGGGACGUGUCCAGGUGGAGCGCCAAGAUGCGUCGGCCCAUGGAGGAGGUUUACGGAGCGCAGGCCUUCGCCCAGACCUGGGAGGGCUGGGUGGACGGCAUCGCCCAGUUCGCCCAGCGGAGUGAAGGGAGUAUCUGCAGGGAGCUGCUGCCCCUGAUCCGCUGCUCCACCCUGGUGGUUCACGGGGAGAAAGACCCCAUGGUGCCGAGCUUCCACCCCCAGUACCUGCUGAAGAACAUCAAGACCUCGCGAGUUUGUAUUGCAGAAAUGAGCGCCCCCGUGCCUGCAGACGCCCCCGCGGCCCCCACGGCCCCCGCUGCCCCCACGGCCCCCCUGGCCGGCAGCAUCUCCGACCCCCCCACCGGCAUCUCGGUCCACGGCUUCUCGGAGCGGAUCCUGGAGACGCUGGUCCACUUCCACGUGAUGACGCUGCGCGGCGGCUUCUUCCUGUGGGUCGGUUCUGCUCCGGUUCUGUCCAACCUGGCCGUGUCCAUGAGCAGCAGAUACGACUCGAUGCCGUUGUCCACGUUAGUGAUGGGAGACCCGUCGAACACCGCCGCCACCUCGCUGGCCCAGAGAUUAGCGAAGAGGACCAAGAAGCAGGUGUUUGUGAGCUACAGUCUCCCGGUGACGGACUCCCGCCUCAGUCUGAUGGUGGAGAACCGGAUCAAGGCGGAGCUGGAGCUCCACCCGGAGCUCUUCUGACCUCCGACCUCUGGAAACGCAGCACCGCCGGCUCCUCCUCUUCAUCUCCACGCAAGAAUCAAGUCCACAAAAAAACUCACAUCCAGUGUUUUUUACUAACAAUAAAUGAAGUGGUUUAUCAAAAACAUGUUGGCCGAUGGCUUUUUGUACAAAUGCAUUUUUAUUAA